AUGCCGGAGACGGAGCCGGACUCGGAGGAAGACACAGAUCCUACCAAUGACAGUCAUUAUCACGGGGAGGAUCAGAGUGAGGCUGGUUCACAUCGGACCGCCAAUCGUCCGGUCCCAGCCGGCCGAGCGAGAGCCCUGCAUCCGUUCACAGCGGCGGUCAUGGAGGAACAGAUUCCGGAGAGGGCGUUCCCGGUCGUGGAGAAGUAUGAUGGGUCAGGUGAUCCGGAGGAGCAUUUGAGGUCUUUCGUCGACGCCAUGACCAUCUACUCCCCUAGUGAAAAUGUGUGGUGCAGAGUUUUUUCCUUGUCAAUAAAGGGAGAAGCCUUAGCAUGGUUCCAUUCGUUGAGACCUCGAACCAUCAAUAACUUCGCCACCUUGAGGGACAUGUUUGAGCGGCAGUUCUCUACGGAUAGAGCUCAAAAUUUGACGUAUCUGGAGUUGACAAAUAUAAAGCAAGAGAAGGGAGAGAGUCUUCGAGACUUCAUGGACCGGUUUAAUAGAACCGCAAGGCAAGUGAGGGGAGUGGGUAAGAAGUUUACCAUUAGCACUUUGGCCACUGCGUUGAAGCCUUCACCUUUCGCCGAUAAUUUGUUUGCGAAACCCCAAUUAACCUUGGACGAAUUGCAAGAGAGCGCCGCUCGGUUCAUCAGAAUAGAAGAGAUGAGGGCAGUUCAGAGGCGACAACAGGAGCAGAGCUCAACUUCAGGGCAGGAGAAGAAGGAAGGUAAAAAACCGUUCGUACCCAGCGAGCGGCCAAAGGGCCAGAAGUACAGAGAUGGCCCGAAAUGGGGUAGAUUCGAAAAAUACACCCUAUUAAAUAUGCCAAGGGCUAGAGUUUUGGAAGAAGCCCUGAGUGCAGAUCUGAUUCGUGUAAGACCUUCUCGGUCAUCACCCAAGGCUGACGGGACUAAACAUUGUACCUAUCAUCUAAAUAUAGGGCAUAACACCGAAGACUGUACGGUGUUGAAUUAUAAGGUGGAAGAGCUGAUCCGGGCGGGUUAUCUGAAAAGGUUUGUUAAGGAGGAACGACGAGCAAGAAGCCCACCCAGAAGGGCGAGGGUGGAACGAAAUGAUAGGAGAGAUGAUAGACGCCUAGAUCGGAGGCGGAGUAGAAGUCGUAGCCAUGACCGAUCGUUGCGUGGCACGAUAAACACUAUCUCUGGAGGUUUUGUUGGAGGGUCAUCGGCGUCAAAAAGGAAGAGGAACCUAAGGGAGCUUAAAAGCGUUCACCGGGUGGAUGUGAGGAAGCGCUCCAUGCCGCCAAUCACGUUCACCGAUGAAGAUUUUCAUGCUCCUGAUCCAGAACAAGACGAUCCGAUGGUAAUAACAGCAGUUAUUGCUCGGUACAUCGUAGGAAAAGUAUUGGUGGAUCAAGGAAGUUCUGUUAACAUUCUUUACUGGAAGACAUUCCAGUAG